GCAGGACUUACUCACUCCUGGCCCAGAGUGACGCAGAAGUGCCCACCCACCGCUGGUAACCAUCAUCGCCCGCACAUCUCUAGCAGAGACGAUGGCGCUUGGAUUCGGCAUAAGUAGCAACAAACUCGGCGGCGACUCGACCGCUGGGGCUACAACGGCCGCCGUCGCCACGUCGAUCGAAAGCAGAACUGGCAAGUUCUUUCGAGGGAUGCUGGGGAGCAGCAAAAGCUCCAAGAAGAUCACGACGCAUUCGUUGUCGGUGACGUCGUCAUUUGCCAAAUCGACAUCGUCGGUUUCUGACGAAGAAGGCGACCUCGAGCGCAGCGGGUAUUCCGCAGACCAUCACAACCACAACAAGCACAUCAACGGGAGCAAAAAAACGAGCUUGAUCUCGACCUUCCAGGAGAACGUCGACGACCGGCACGACUCAGACUUUUACGCCCCCACGAGCAAAAGCGGCGUCCUCGUCAAGCAGGCCAACCAUCUGAAGAACUGGAAAAAGCGAUUCAUGGUGCUGCGCGGGCAAUCCAUGUUUUAUUAUGUGUCUGGUACGACGAGCGAAGAGACGUACCCCCGUGGCGUGAUCUCGUUGUCGGGCGUCGACGUGCAUCCGCUGGACGUGUCCAAAUUCAAGAAGCAGUUUUGUUUUGAAAUCUCGCAUCCGAACUACCGAUCGCUGUACAUGGUCGCCAAGAACGACGCCGACUUGGUGCAAUGGAUGAGCAGCAUCAAGAGCGCAUCCCUUCCUGUGCGGGACGGCAUUGCCGACAUCCGAGAGUCCAAGGAACAGCUCUUUCAACUCCCCCCUCUCGAAGACGUUCCAGCGUUUGAACGUGUGUACUAUUGCCGAAAGAAGAUGGCGUUUUGUCGACCAGGGUACCGCGGGUUGUCGGAAAAGGAAAAGUACGAGCUGCGUGAGCGCCAGAUCAAGAUGAUGCAGGACAUCCACAACUACUGCGAUUCGUACCCCACGCUCAUGUCGGACCCGAGUCUGUACAAAGAAUUGCUGCACAUGACGUCGUCGUUUUUGUUUCGGCCAUUUCCGCGGCUACCGGCGCAGGACCAGAACGCGGUGUUCUUUGAAGAAGCGCCGGAAAACAACGACACAGGCAACACGCCGUUCACAAUCCAGGACCUCAUGUCCGACACGUUGUCGGCCGAGGACCAAGAGUGGAGUGUACUGAGCACGUGCUACGAUAUCCUUGUCCGUGCGAUCGAGUACAUCGACCAGCUCGACAAACAAGUGCGCAAGGACUUUUUCACGCCGCGAUUUGUGUCCCAACUCGUCGGGCUAUUCAAGUCGCCGUCGUAUAAGGAGCGCCAGCUUCUCAAGACGGUGCUCCAUCGCUUGUACUAUAAAUUGACCCAGCGACGAGCCCUCAUUCGAAAAGAGAUUGCGCACGUCUUUUAUGAAUACGUGUACGAGUCGUCCAACUACUACGGGGUCACGGAGCUCCUCGAGAUUCUCGGGAGCAUCAUCAAUGGGUUUGCUUGCCCGAUCAAGGACGAGCAUGUCGUGCUGCUGGAAAAGUCGCUCGUCCCGUUGCACUCGACUCAAGCGUACACGUCGUACCACCAGCAGCUCAUGUACUGCAUGAUCCAGUUUGUGUCGAAGGACCACGUGCUGUACACGCCGAUUGCCCGUGGCGUCCUCCGGUACUGGCCGGUCGGGAACGCGUACAAGGAGAUUGUGUUUUUGAUUGUCCUGGAAGAAUUGUUUGAGUACGUGCUGGCCGAGUCGGACUUGGCCCCGGUCGCGCGGCAAAUGGGUCGUCGCCUCGGCAAGUGCAUGAGCAGCAUCCAGCAACAAGUCGCUGACCGUGCGCUCGCGUGCUGGAACUCGCCCGCGUGUGUCCGCGUCAUGAACACGUACGAGAAAGUCGGCCAGGACAUGUUUGACAUCAUUCGGCCCAACCUCGUCGCGACCAUGCUGUCGCACUGGAACGUUUUGACACAGCAAAAGGCCCGCGCUGCGUACAAGACGUACUACAAUAUGGGAUAUGAAAAAGCGGGCAACGCCCUCGACAGUGUCACCAACCACAACACAGACAGCUGCGACGACGACCAGAUCAACUCGGGCGGCUCGAUCGCGCUGCCGGAUCAAGGCAGCGUGGACGAAGGCGGUGUCAUGUGAACCUAAUAACGCAAAAUGUGACGUGUUGUAAGUGGACUUCACGGGUGCCAAGGAAUGGACGUUGCAGCCUGCAUGUCCAACACCAACGCGCGGACGAGCUCUCAACACACUCGUCACGAUGCAUCUUCACGUGAAGAUGUCGUCGUUCGGCUGUGCGUUUGGAGCGGCAUCCAUUGGCAUGGGAAGAUCCACUUGGCGGCGUCACAGGGCGCCACGUCAGUCGUGUCGAAGUGAAAACGUGUACUUGUCCAAUCAGAUUCGAGGACACAUGCGAAAACGUAUCAUUGUUGAAAAAAUGUUGGAUUUUGCUC